CUCACAGCGAGCAUUAGGCCCUUCAUAAAGCGCCCCAGUACCGGUCACCCGAGCAGCCGCUGCCUCGGACUGAUCAUUGCCGUUGCAGCUUUCAGUAGCAGCCAUGUCUCACGGAUGGGGAUACGGACCGAGCGACGGACCUGACAAGUGGGCAGAAAGCUUCCCGCUUGCUAAUGGACCCAGACAGUCUCCCAUCAACAUUGUUACCAAGGAGGCCCAAUAUGAUCCAUCUCUGAAGCGUCUGAAACUCCAGUAUGACCCCUCCAAUGCCAGGGGCAUUCUUAACAAUGGACACUCCUUCCAGGUGGACUUUGUGGAUGACACUGACAGCUCCACCCUGACUGGAGGUCCCAUCUCUGGAACAUACCGACUGAAGCAAUUUCAUUUCCACUGGGGAGGCAGUGAUGAUAGAGGCUCAGAGCACACUAUAAAUAGUGUCAAGUUCCCUUGUGAGCUUCACCUGGUGCACUGGAAUACCAAAUAUCCCAGCUUUGGGGAGGCUGCUGACAAGCCUGAUGGACUGGCUGUGGUUGGAAUCUUUCUCAAAAUUGGUGCAGCCAACCCCCGACUUCAGAAAGUUCUGGAUGCUUUGGACUCUAUUAAGACAAAGGGAAAGCAGACUACUUUCUCUAACUUUGAUCCAAGAACUCUUCUUCCUGGUUCUCUGGAUUAUUGGACUUAUGAUGGAUCUUUGACAACCCCACCCCUUUUGGAGAGCGUCACCUGGAUUGUCCUCAGGGAGCCUAUAAGUGUCAGCCCUGCUCAGAUGGCAAAGUUUCGAAGCCUCCUGUUCACUGGAGAAGGAGAGGCAGCGUGCUGCAUGGUGGACAACUUCCGUCCUCCACAGCUCCUCAAGGGCCGUCAAGUUCGUGCUUCCUUUAAGUAAACCUUAGUUAUACAGCAGGUAUGCAAAUUACUGAACACAUCACAAUUUUUCAUGGUAAACAUAUUUUUGCUUUUGACAUGGAAGACCUGGUGUUACCAAUGUUAGGUGUUGGUAACAACCCAUGUAAUCCAUACAAAGAAAAAUAAAACAGUUCAGAAAUCAAAUUAUGAGUAAUGAUAUAAAAUGAGGGCUGCACAGUGGCGCAGUUGGUAGAGCUGUUGCCUUGCAGCAAGAAGGUCCUGGGUUCGAUUCCCGGCCCGGGGUCUUUCUGCAUGGAGUUUGCAUGUUCUCCCUGUGCAUGGUGGGUUCUCUCCGGGUUCUCCAGCUUCCUCCCACAGUCCAAAAACAUGACUGUCAGGUUAAUUGGUCUCUCUAAAUUCUCCCUAGGUGUGAGUGUGUGUGUGUGAAUGGUUGUGUGUCCUGUGUGUCUCUGUGUUGCCCUGUCCAGGGUCACCAGUCUGGACCCUGGACAGGUCUCGCAGCUGGGCGUUCUCGCCCAGAACGCAGCUGGAGAGGAACCAGCAACCCUCCUGACCCCAUUAGGGACAAGGGUGAACAGAAAAUGGAUGGAUGGAUAUAUAAAAUGAAUUGGGCUAUUAUAGCAGUUUUAUGUUCUGUCUCUGCAGCUGGUUGAGAGCUUCCUUGUCUCUGUGUUUGGGAUCAUUGUCCUGCUGAAAUGUCCACCCUUUUUUCAUUUGGCAGCAGACUUUUCUCUAUAAUGUCUAUACACUUUACCAUUUAUCUUUCCAUCAAUUACAUGAAUUCUGCCAGUACCAUAUGAAGAAAAACAGGCCCACAUAUUGAUGUUCCCACCUCCAAACUUUACUGUCUGCUUGGUGUUGUUGGGACAGUUCAUUUUGUCCUUCAAAUAUGAUGUUUGUUAUGGCAUCCAAAGAACUCAAUAUUGCUCUUAUCUGACUAGUCUGUGUUCUCCCAGUGUUUUACAGGCUUGUCCAAAUGUUGUUCAGCAAACAUUAAACAAGCUUAAACUUGCUUCGACUCCAGAAAUGGAGCUUGGCGUGGUGAGGAUGCAUACAGGCCAUGGCUACUGAGUGCAUUGCUUACUGUUUUCUGAAACAAUUCUACUUGCCAACACCAUAUCUUUCUGAAGGGCCCAGCGUAGUUCGACCAAAAUCGGACUGCCAAUGUACAGUCAUGUGGUUUUCGGAUUUUCAUUUUUGCAAAGACCUUUUAUGGUCCACAAAACACAUUGAGACGAGUUUCCCUCCCACUGCAGAAUCUUUUUUUUUUGCCAUAUGUGUAAUUUACAAUCAAUGUGUAGCAAUCAUGGCAGAGAGACAACUAUUAAGAGUUCAGAAGUUCAGAGGAGGAGGGAAUAAUAUUUAACAGUCUGGAAAAUCAAUCUUUUUCCAUGUCAUUAAGAAAACAAAAAGACAAACAUUAGGCGUUGAUGAGCCAUUCUCCUGCUUCAAUUGAGAGAAUGGGCAGUGUAGUAUUUCAGUAUAUACUUCCUCUUCCUCAUCAAACAAUUUCUCUCUGACUGACAAAACAGUGCUCUGACUAUCUGUGAUACCCGACUAUCUGUCCUAUCUUGCACAGAUACUAGUCAGAUCAGCAGCCCAUGGUAAUUGUGUGAUAGUAUCCUCCUGAAUGAAUAAAAACACUCAUGAAAUUCAGACCAAUCACACAAUCUUUCAGAGAAGGGGAAAAAAGUUCACCAGGGGUGCAAACAGCAUAAGAAAGAGAACAAAAUGAUGCGAUUUUCUUCAUGCAACUGCAACGAGAACUGUUUUCAGCAAUUUGGCUUCUAUAGGUCAUCAGUUUGGACUGAACCAGCUGAUAUUCAUUUGCAGGAUGUCUUUCUGAUCACUGAUGGAUUUCCAUGUCUUUUUCCACUUCCCUUUCUGUGUGUUCAAUACUUUUCCCUCUAAUUACUGCACAUAACUUAAUGUCUGAACUUGUUUGCUUUGGUUUCUUUUAUAUAUGGAUUACUUCAAUUGUUACAAAAACCUGGUUAAAAAGUCAUAUUUACUAUGACAAAAUUGUGAUGUGUUCAAUGCAGCUGUAUUCCAAAGCAUCUUUAUUCAAUAGCUUUCCAUUUAAUGUUCAUUCUUUGAACUAUUAAUACAUAAAGACAUCUUUUAAUUUUCUGCUUUUCUCCAGCUACUUGAAACUUAAACCUUCUGCUUCAUUUUAUCUCUAGAAUGUUUUGCCUUUAUUUCCUCUGAGGAUGAAUAAAUGCCAUUCUGGUCUAACACUUUUGGUAAAUCGUAUUUGUAAUUUCUGAAACAUUAGAAUAUCAAACUUAUGCGUAAAUAAACACACCGAUGGAAUUCAUGGGUGUGGUUGUUAUUUUAAAAAUUAUAAUCUUUGAAACUUUGGCUAUCUUUAUACUACAAUUUACUGAGGUCUAAAAAUAUGACAAAAUGAAUAACUGAAUAUUUUGUUAAUCUUUAACUUAUAAUAAUAUCCUGGCUGUUUGUGAAGUAUGUGGAGUUGUUUCAGAUUUGUUUGGUAAUAAAAGCCUGUGUGUGUUUUGUGAAAUCUUUUCCAUGCUCGAGUGUUUUCUAGGAUUGUAUUCCACUCAUUAAAUUGCUAAAUAAAAGCCGGUAUUGAGAACCUC